AUGGGCCCAGGUUUCUCGCUUCUGGGGAUGGUUGUCGGGGUUCUGUCCAUUUUCUACUACGCAAAACAGACGCAGAGGAUGACGGGCCUCAAAUUCGACACAGAGUUCUGGGCGGUCGCUGGUCCGCUGAUCGCCAUCCGACCGCCGAAAGGACCUACCAAUGCAUUGGAGCUCCGAGCCAGCGUCAACGCGGGUCUCUCGGCUAUCCUCAAAGAUGCCCUGCCGGAUGGUAUAAUAGAAACCAAGCAUGUUGUCAAGUCAUUCGACGGCGAGAUAAUUACACUCCACCAGUUCACACCGAGCGAAAACAAAAGCAUAGGCAGGCAGCCGGCUUUCAUCUACGUUCAUGGAGGAGGGAUCGUGGGGGGGGACCUCGACCCGCACAGCCGGCCACUCGCCGCGAAGGCUGCUCUCGAAUCGGGGGUCCAGAUGUUCGCUGUUGAAUACCGCUUAGCGCCCGAGUUCCCGUUUCCAACACCCGCCGAGGAUUGUUACGCCGCUUUAAAGUGGCUCAGCGAGAAUGCAAACGACCUGAAUAUCGACGCGUCUCGCAUAGGCUUUUACGCGUUGAGCGCCGGCGGCGGCAUAGCGGUAGGCGCAUCCAUGUUGGCGAGGGAUCGAGGCUUGUCACCGCCAUUGGCGAAGCAGAUCCUCAUAUAUCCAAUGUUAGACGACAGAACUAGGGUUGAAGCAGACAAUCCUUUAUCGCAAUUUCUCACCUGGACGGAUAAGUCAAAUCAGAUUGGCUGGAAUGCGUACCUUGAGGGCAAGGCCGGAGGAUCGGGCAUACCUCCGCAUGCGGCACCAGGGAGAGCAACUGACGUUGCGAAUCUCCCUUUUACAUACAUCGACGUUGGUGGAGUUGAUUUGUUCUGCGCUGAGGCAGUAGCAUUUGCAAAUAAGCUUGCAUCCGCUAAUGUGCAAAUGGAAUUACAUGUAUACCCUGGACUGCCUCACAUCUUCGAUCUCUACGCCCCUACGAUAGAGCUCACGCAAUUGGCGAGACAAAAUAGGCUAAGGGCGGUUAGAAGUCUAUGA